UAGAAGUUCAGGUGAAGUUAAGCGGGCAGUCAUCUAUUGCUCAAUUGCUACUGUUCAGCUUGCUAGCCCCAUCAACGCUUCGCCUCUCGCCCCUCCAUAAAAUUUUGACGAGAUACGCAAUUCUUUGCAGCUCUCACAUGCAGUUAUUACUGGCGGCAUUUAUUCUCUACGACUGGUAUUUUAGGCCGAGCGUUUAAAUCAUUCUUAAUUUCAUCCACGGGGCCUCUCCGAUAAGAAACCCCAUCAUCGCCUCCCUAACGUAGCAACGAUGGAAAAUGAAUCCGUCGAUCACCCUGUCUUGCCAAAAGUCACUCGCGCUACGCAUGGUUUGGACUCGGAAGUUCAAGAAUCACCGUCGAAACGGGCCAAAUUGGACAAUGGAGUCUCAAACAAUGACCCCAAUCCUGGAACCCAACGUGAACCUGCUCCUAGAGAGAAGGGCGUCGCGCCGGUGAAAGCAGAAUACCUGAUCUUCCCGAAACCGGAAGAAGGAAUAGUCAAAGGCCGUCAAGCUGACGAUGAUGCCGCCGAGCUCACGGGCAACCAUGAAGUGGAGCGGCAUCGAGGCGAGAAGCCCCCGGCCAAGAAAGACAAGAAGUUCAAAGAUAAGAAGUCUAAAGACAAGGGGCAGAACAAAAGCCGCAAAUUCGGCAGCUCACACGAUGCGUUGAGGCUUUGCACCACAAGAGCGUUGUAUCCCGAGUUCUCCCCUCGAGAGUGUCCUUUCGGAGAGAAGUGCAAAAACGAACACGAUAUCAGGAAGUACCUCGCCGAGGGAAGGCGUGGGGACCUAACUACCUUCGACGGACAGUGCCCCUUGUUCGAUGAACUCAAUUUCUGUUCCUAUGGCUGGAAGUGCCGGUUUGUUGGAUCCCACUCGAGCGAACGGACGUUAGAAGACGGGAGAAAAGAACUCUAUCUAAUCGACAAUCGUACCGAGGAGGCCAAAAAAGCGACAUCUACCGAAGAUCAUGAGCAUGGAAUCGUCAAUGUCAUCCCCACACAGUCGCGAUUCGACCUGUCACGAAAGCGGCUCAAGACUGAGAAAUCGGACAUUUAUCUGCAGUAUCUCUCCGGCCUUGCGGACUGGAACGAAAUCCGAAGAGAGGGCGGGAAGGGGCCGGCAGAUGAAGCGUCGGAGAAUGGCGACGCGGAGAAGGCCGAGAUCGAGGACAAUCGCGCGACAUACAAGGAGCCACCGUUCCGAGCGUCCGAGAAGAGGAAGCUUUAUUACGGAACCGAGACGCCGAUUCUUGCGCCAUUGACGACCCAGGGCAACCUACCAUUCCGAAGACUUUGCGUCGGACUGGGUGCUCAGGUGACCUGGUCGGAAAUGGCCAUGGGAAUGCCGCUGGUUCAGGGCGAGAAAGGAGAAUGGGCACUUCUGAGGGCCCACGAGUCCGAAACCAAGCCACCAGCGUUCCAAUCCAAAGGAACGGUGGUCCAAGACUAUGACAACGCGCGAGAUUUGAAAUUCGGCGCGCAAGUAGCGGCUCACAAGCCAUGGGUUGCCCUCAAAACGACCGAGAUCCUACAAAAGUACUGUCCAUCACUUCGGGCCAUCGAUCUGAACUGUGGCUGCCCCAUCGACCUUGUCUACGAGCAGGGCGCUGGAUCCGCCCUCCUGGACCGGUCCGCGAAACUGGAGACCAUUCUGCGCUCGAUGAAUGAUAUAUCUGGUGAGAUCCCCAUCACGGUCAAGAUCCGAAUGGGGACGAAAGACAAGGAGCCAACGGCACACAAGUUGGUGAAGCGAUUGAUGCUUGGGGGUGUCGAGGCGCCUUACCCGUGCGGUGUGGCGGCAAUUACGCUCCAUGGCCGGAGUAGAGAGCAGCGAUACACCAAGCGAGCGAACUGGGAAUACAUCGCAGAAUGUGCGGCGGUCAUCAAGCGAAUGAACCAGGAAAUGAACGAGGUCGCCGACACGGUUCGCGAGCCCGAUGCCCGCAACCUUCCGAACAACAACGUCUAUUUCGUCGGCAACGGAGACGUCUACUCGCACGUCGACUACCAAGAACACCUGACGAACGGUCUCGUCGAUUCCGUCAUGAUCGCCCGCGGCGCGCUCAUCAAACCGUGGAUCUUCGAGGAAAUCGAGAAGGGACAGUACCUCGACAAAUCCGCCAGCGAGCGACUCGCCUAUAUCGAGCAAUUCGUCCGGUAUGGGUUGGAGACGUGGGGCUCGGACGAGAUGGGCAUUGGGAGUACGCGUCGUUUCUUGCUGGAAUGGCUGUCGUUCAGUUGGAGAUAUACGCCCGUCGGGCUCCUCGAGCAUCUCCCUCCGCACAUCCAGGAUCGACCUCCUCGUUACCGGGGACGGAACGAUUUGGAGACGCUGAUGGCCAGUGAUAAUCACAGAGACUGGAUUAAGAUCAGUGAGAUGUUCCUCGGCCCUGCUCAUCCGGAUUUCAGAUUUGAGCCAAAGCAUAAGUCCAACAGCUACGAUGUGCAAGGCUAAAUCGUGAUCAACGAUCAGGGGUAUUUAGAUGCGAGAGGAUAGAGGCUGGGGAUCAGCUGUCCGAAUUACUUGCAUUAAGCCUUGCGGUAGGCUUAUAUAGUUCUAAUUCGGAACUUGUACAUAAGCUCAGCUUUAGUCUUCCAGCCGCCAUCAAAACCCAAGUCUAUAGAGGUUAUCCCAUUACCGUAAUAUGUAUCUGUUC